AUGUACAGGAAAUACGGCUUGACGGGGCUGGUCUCUGAGUUAGAGGAAAUCGCCGCGUGGCCGAGAGAGGACACCCAAAGAAACACUCAGGUAUGCCCGGAAAAUUGUUCCCAAGACGAGCACAAAAGCGACGUCCCUAGCGAAAUAUGCGAACUGUUUCCCUACAAGGUAAACAGACAGACCAGAAGAAGCAGAACGGUCUACGAGAAAAAGGCGCAGACAACAAGUCCACUCAAUGAGGAAGAGGAAUUAGCAAACCAAGGGGAAGCAUCAGAAGGGUAUCACAUAGACUGCUACACUGUGCGGGAAGGGUUAUUCAAAAUUUGA